AUGUAUUUCAAUAGUAAUCAUAUACCUGUCGCCAUUGUCGUUGUGCCAAGGAUGCUUCCUAAUACCUGCAUUUUGCCAUUAUGCCUUCUCUGGUCUCUCUCCUCUCUUAUCAGAGCCACUCUCAACCUCGAUAUCCCUUUCCCCCAUCAGCACCCUAACCCUGAAGUUGUUGUUGACGAAGAAAGCGACGGGUUGUCGUGUCUCACCGGUAACCCCGUUGACGACUGCUGGCGGUGCGACCCCAACUGGCAAAACAACCAGCUGCGCCUCACCAACUGCGGCAUUGGGUUCGGCCAAGACGCUAUGAGCGGCAAAGGCGGUCAGUUCUAUGUGGUCAUCGACUCCUUCGACGAGGACCCCAUCAACCCCACCCUGGGCACUUUCCAGCACGCUGUGAUCCAGACUCAACCCCUGUGUAUUACCUUCUCCACCAGCAUGCUCAUCAAACUCAAACACGAGCUCAUCGUCAACAGCUUCAAGACCAUAAUCAAGCAGUGA